UUCCAACAGAGCCCCGGUCGGCAAAGCUCCCGUUAGAACCCAAAAAAUAGGCGGUGGGUUGAAACGCGCUUUUGCCAGCGCAAGGCUCAGAGACGGGGGCCGGAGAGGGAGGUGACAGCCCCGUGAGGCCCAUCCAUCUCUCCGCCUCGCUCGCCGUUGUUUCCCCUUCUCUUCCAUCCUCCAUCCACCAAUCAAGACCACCAUUGAAGCCAUCUUUUCCUCCUUUCUUCCCCUCUCCAUGCCUUCACAAUGAAGGCUAAGAGCCCUUCUCCUCUCCCUCUCCUCCUCCUCUUCCUCAUUCUCUCCCUCCUCCCUUCUUCCUCUCUCUCCGAUGACAGUGCAGCAAUGCAGGACAUCGCCAAGAGCCUCAUCGUCCCUCAAUGGAAGCUCGCCAACGGCAACCCAUGCAGUUGGCCCGGCGUCUCCUGCCAAGGUGGCAGCGUCGUCGAAAUCAACCUCAAGAACAAGGGUGUCUCCGGCGAGCUCUCCCCCUCCAUCUCCAAGCUAUCCUUCCUCAAAUCCCUUCAGCUCCAGAAGAACCAGAUUAAAGGUGACCUCUCCUCCCUCGCCAAUCUCGCCAGCCUCGAGAGUUUGUCCAUCGAUGACAAUGCCUUCACCACCAUGCCUGCCGAUUUCUUCUCUGGCCUCACAAGCCUUCAGACCGUGAUUCUCGACAAGAACCCCUUCAUACCGUGGUCCAUACCCGAUGAUGUCUCCAAGUGUGUGAAUCUCGUGGUCUUCUCCGCCUCGGACGCUGCGGUCACCGGCAACAUCCCGGAUUUCUUCGGCAAAAUGCCCAAAUUGCAGACGGUGACGCUUUCUUACAACACUAUGAAAGGCGAGCUCCCGGCAUCCUUCAAGGGAUCCAAUAUUCAGUCGCUUGUACUCAACAAUCAACAGACCGGCUCCCAGUUCACCGGGCGGAUCGACGUGAUCGCAUCGAUGACCCAGCUCUCAGUGGUAUGGCUGCAAUCAAAUGGCUUCACAGGUCCCAUCCCGGAUCUCUCGGAGCUCGCCUCAUUGAUGGACUUCAGGGUCCGGGACAAUUCCCUCACCGGAGUCGUCCCGCCAUCGCUGACAUCGUCCGCCACCCUUAAGAAUGUCACAUUGUCGAACAACAAGCUCCAGGGCCCCAUGCCUAAGUUUGCCGAUGGCGUGGCCGUCGACAUUGACAAGGGCAACCAAUUCUGCAGCAAGAAUCCGGCAGAGCAGUGCGACCCGAGAGUGACAACGCUGCUGGAAGUAGCGGAGGGCUUCGAGUACCCGAUGGACCUCGCAGAAUCCUGGCAGGGGAAUGAUCCCUGUAAGAAUUGGCAAGGUGUGACCUGUGCCGGCCAGGAAAUUGUGGUCCUUAAUUUUGCGAACCGGCAUUACAAUGGGACCAUCUCUUCCGCCAUUGGUAACUUCGCCUCAUUGCAGAAGCUGAUACUGAGCAACAACAGCCUCUCAGGCCGAAUACCAGACAGCUUGACAAAGUUGCAGAAGCUGACGCUUGUUGAUGUUACCAACAAUGACCUCUCAGGAAAAGUACCGGAAUUCCAACAGGAUGUGGAGGUGCGGAAAGAAGGGAACCGGAAUAUUGGUAAGGAAGUGGAUUCUUCUGGAGGAGAUUCUGGUUCAAAUGGGUCUUCAUCAAAGUUUCAAGCUGGUACAAUUUCAGGGAUAGUUAUAGGUGUUUUGGUUGGUAUAGGGUGCUUAGUGGCUGUGUUGGCCUGCUAUAUUCGCAGUAGGAAGCACAAGGAAUUUGGGUGGGUUUCUACGCAAACCCCUGCAAAUGAGCCAGAAUUGGUGAAGAUAGGAGUGAUCGGUACGAAUUUGAAUGAUGGAAGCUGGAAUGGACGGUACACUCAAAGCAGCACAGGGAAUACAACAGACUCGCAAGGCAUGUACAUGUCAAUCAAUGCCAUUCGUAGUGCCACAAACAAUUUUAGCGAAGACAGCAUUAUAGGCAGGGGUGGAUUCGGAGUCGUCUACAAAGGGCAGCUUAAUGAGACGAUGAUCGCAGUGAAGAGGAAUAAGGUUGGCUUGAUGGGUAAGAAAGGGAAUGAAGAGUUCAGAGCAGAGAUUGAUGUGUUACAAAAAGUAAGGCACAGGCACUUGGUUGCCCUCCUAGGUUUUUGCGACGUUGGAGAUGAGCAGCUGUUGGUCUAUGAAUAUAUGCCAGGGGGUACAUUGGAGCAGCACUUGUUUGAAUGUAGUGACAAUGGGUUUUCUCCUCUUACUUGGAAGCAGAGGCUUACAAUAGCUCUGGAUGUGGCUAGAGGGGUUGAAUACCUGCACAGCUUGGCCCAGGAGAGUUUCAUCCACAGGGACCUGAAGCCCUCAAAUAUAUUGUUGGACAAUGACAAGCGGGCUAAGGUUUCAGAUUUCGGAUUGGUCAAGCUUGCACUAGAUAAGCAGAAGUCUAUGAUGACACGAUUGGCCGGGACGUUUGGAUAUCUUGCACCUGAAUAUGCAAUUACCGGAAAAGUGACGACCAAGAUUGAUGUAUAUGCAUUUGGAGUUAUAUUAAUGGAACUAAUUACUGGAGAGAGGGUGCUUGAUGAUACCCGCCCGGAUGAAGACACCAAUCUGGUAUAUGUCUUCCGCAGGAAUAUCCUCGACAAGGAAAACUUCCUUAUGUCGUCUCCAGAUCCUAAUCUUCGUCUUGAUGAAGAAGAUCUCAUAAGCUUAUGGGAAGUAGCAGAAGUUGCACGCUACUGUACAGCCCGCGAGCCUUCUCAGAGGCCUGACAUGAGCCAUGCUGUAAAUAAGCUGGCUCCCCUAGUGGAAAAGUGGAAACCCACUGCCUGCGAUGACGACGAUGACAAUGAUGGUGAUGUAGGAAUGUCUCUCAGAGGAAGACUUGAGGGAUGGCAAAAUGGUGAAAGCAGAUUUACUGAAUGGUACAAUAAAAGUCUGAGCAUCAACUACGAUUAGAAGCACUGUAAGGGCAUUUUCAGCAAUGUUCUGCUGAAGGCGCUGGUGCUGUUGUACGACUGUUUACAUCAUUUCAUGUUUGUUCUAACCGGGCAUGGCUGUUUUUGCUUGAUCAUUUUUCU